AUCUGGCCGGAAAUCCCUCUUCCUGUUGCAGAUAAGCCCAGCUUAGCCCAGCUGAGCCCAGACCCUCUCCCCUCACUCCCCCCAUGUCGCUGGAUCAAGACCCUGAGGCACACAGCCCGUUCACCAAGCCCCCCGCCCCGCCCCCAUCACCCCGUAAACUUCUCCCAGCCUCCGCCCUGCCUCACCCAGCCCGCUGUUCCCCAAGCCUCGCUCCAAGCCCACGCCACCCCUGCAGCAGGGCAGCCCCAGAGGCCAGCACCUAUCCCCGAGGCUGGGGUCGAGGCUCGGCCCCGCCCCUGCCCCUGCAACUUGAGCCUGGCUGCGACCCCUGCUCUGACGUCUCGGAAAAUUCCCCCUUGCCCAGGCCCUUGGGGGAGGGGGUGCAUGGUAUGAAAUGGGGCUGAGACCCCCGGCUGGGGGCAGAGGAACCCGCCAGAGGUGAGCCAUGAACUGAGGACUAGAUGCCUGGGUGUCUGGGUUAGGAAGGACCUGGGGGACUAGACUCCCAAGAAGCCGGGCGCCUGGACUCCUGGGUCUAAGAGAGGAAGAGAGCUGGGGUCCCUCACUCCCAGGACCAAGAUUUUAGGCUCCUGGGGAAGGAGGGAGCGGAGGCGUGGACUCCUGGCUCUGAGGGAAGCUAGGGCUGGGGCCCAGACUCCAGGGCCUCCAAGUGUCACCAGCUCACCCAUUGCCAUCUGGACUUUUCCCGACCCAGAACAUUCAGAAGGCCUUCAUCGCAUCCAUGGACCUGUGGAACUGGGAUGAGGCAUCCCCACAGGAAGUGCCUCCAGGGAACAAGCUGGCAGGGCUUGAAGGAGCCAAAUUAGGCUUCUGUUUCCCUGAUCUGGCACUCCAAGGGGACACGCCGACAGCGACAGCAGAGACAUGCUGGAAAGAGCCCGACUCUCAGGCUCUUCCGUGGUCGGGGGACUGGACAGACGUGGCGUGCACAGCCUGGGACUCUUGGAGCGGCGCUUCGCAGACCCUGGGCCCCGCCCCUCUCGGCCCGGGCCCCAUCCCCGCCGCCGGCUCCGAAGGCGCCGCGGGCCAGAACUGUGUCCCCGGGGCGGGAGGGGCCACCUCGUGGUCGCGCGCCCAGGCCGCCGGGAGCAACACCAGCUGGGACUGUUAUGUGGGGCCCGACGGCGAUAGCUACUGGGGCAGUGGCCUGGGCGGGGAGCCGCGCACGGACUGUACCAUUUCGUGGGGCGGGCCCGCGGGCCCGGACUGUACCACAUCCUGGAACCCGGGGCUGCAUGCGGGUGGCACCACCUCUUUGAAGCGGUACCAGAGCUCAGCUCUCACCGUUUGCUCCGAACCGAGCCCGCAGUCGGACCGUGCCAGUUUGGCUCGAUGCCCCAAAACUAACCACCGAGGCCCCAUUCAGCUGUGGCAGUUCCUCCUGGAGCUGCUCCACGACGGGGCGCGUAGCAGCUGCAUCCGUUGGACUGGCAACAGCCGCGAGUUCCAGCUGUGCGACCCCAAAGAGGUGGCUCGGCUGUGGGGCGAGCGCAAGAGAAAGCCGGGCAUGAAUUACGAGAAGCUGAGCCGGGGCCUUCGCUACUACUAUCGCCGCGACAUCGUGCGCAAGAGCGGGGGGCGAAAGUACACGUACCGCUUCGGGGGCCGCGUGCCCAGCCUAGCCUAUCCGGACUGUGCGGGAGGCGGACGGGGAGCAGAGACACAAUAAAAAUUCCCGGUCAAACCUCUUCGCGCGUGCUCCUCUGCUGCAUUCUUCCCGCUGAUACUGACUACACCAGCUAGGGAGCCUAAGUGUGCAGCUCCACAUGUUGGAAUUUGGCCUCCCCACCUCGGAGACCCAGGCGUCUGGGCCUUCAUCUCUUUCCUCUCACAUGAUCCAGAGGCCUGGAUCCUUGCUCGCUAAAAGACUGCAGUGUCUUAGUCCU